AUGUUUCUAAUAAAUCCUAAAAUAAUUAUCUUCAAGUUGAUCCUUUUUUCCUGCAUUCUUCAGAAAGAUGUAUACUGCAGUGAUACUGCCCUGAGGAAUCCGAUUUUAAAAAAGCUCUUCAAGGAAACAAAAGGUAUAGAACCGAAUAAAGGAUACAACUGUUUCUACGUGUGCCUAACGCUGAAAAGGCGCUCCCCUAAACCCCAUGGGAACAUGCUCGUUCAGAGGUACUCCUACGGAGGAUUCCUAAAUUUGCACAAGUAUCUCUCCAACGCAAGCUUAAACAUAAUACAAGAAAUAAGCACCAAGAACAGCGUCUCCAAUUUGGUAUCCAAAUUGAGGGAAUUCAGAAAGUACAAGGAAAAUGUAUAUGAAAAGUUUACCAACUCCUGUUCCACCUUUGUGGAGAAGCUAUACACAGAGACCUACCUUAACAUAGACAAAUCGCUCAUGCAGAUAAACGAGCUGUUAAUAAAAGAGGUGAAGUAUCUGUUGCUCACCAAAAGUGAUAUGAUCACAAAUGAAGCGAAAGUGAAGGAAGAACAAUUUAAAAAAAAUUUGGUGGACAAAUUGUAUGAAGAAUUUCUACAACAAGAAAAAUCAGAGAAAGAUGAAAAUACUUUACUCUACUUUAACAAAAUUAACAUGGCUUAUAAAUUCAGAAAAUUUUUAAAUCUCUCCUCCAUUGAUGAUCCUGAGGUGAACGAAAUUAUCCUCAGUUUGAUACAAAUAGACACAUCCAAAAUAAAGGUAGAUCACAAAGCGGUACUUAAAAACUUUGAUGAAAUAUUAAAUUCUCCAAAGCCCCAUAUAUUUCUGAAAUCCUUCUUUAGUGGAAGUGAACAAGUGAUUAAUGACUCCUUCCUGAGGACCUACUGGAUGUGUCUAAAAAAUCUGCACCAAUAUUUUAGGUCAUACAAUUCACACGUACUGUCAAUACUAGGGGAAGACUUCAAAAAUGUGAUUUUCAAAUAUUUAGACGAUGUUAUAUGCAACAAUAAGGAGAAAAUAAUUCACAAUGAUCAGGCAAAUUACUUCUUAAACAUACACCAUUUUUUUGACACCUUUAUAACCCUCAUCAUAUCCAAGGUGCACAAUUCCAAGGUUACCAUUUUAAACGAAAAUGGUAUUCUUAUAUCCAUUCGUAUAAAUACUCUCCCCGAUAAGAUCAUUCAGCUGGUUUCUACCAAAUAUUACGCCGGCACGCUGAUACCACAUAGAAUUUUUGACGACGUUACUUACCUGUUGGUGCAUGAGGACUUCCCCAUUUUGGAGCACCUCCAAAAUUUUGAAAUCACCACGAUAAAUGCGGACGGCGCGUCGAUCAAUUCGUCAGACAAUAAGUACAGCCUCAUGAACGAAAGCAUGAAGAUUUUCUCCGUGACGUCCCAGGAGCACGAAGCAAUUACCAAGUGCAUUAAAGAGGAAGUCCACCAAACUUCGAAGAAAAAGGAAAAGACAAGCAGCAGGUACUACAAAUCAAUAGGGGAUAUUCUAGCCACGUACAAUGGGCGAAACAACAUCUCGGAGAAUGACAUUUACCUGUUGCUCCUUAACAUGAUUAGGGGAAAUUUAACCAACCUAAGUCUCCUAUUUGCGUUGGAGAUCAUUAACUACCUCGAUGAAUACUGCGAGGACGUGGAACUGGACGACGAGGAGUUAGUAGACAACGAUUCUGGAGAUGAUAACACGAAAGAGAGAAAAAACAAAACAUACAACAACGAUUUCGGAUACAACUUUCCCCAUUCGGAUAAACGAGAAUUGGAGGAAGAUAGCUUGUAUAGUGGUUCCAUGGAAAAUGUAUCCUACAACCAAUUUUAUGAAAACCCCAAGUUGAAGGUCCUAUACGACUCAAUCUCUAAUAUUAAUGGACCCACAAAUGGGGAUGUUAGCAACUUAAAGGGGACUACCAGGUCGACCUUAUCCUCAGACGAAAUGAAUUUUAAAAGGAUGUCUUCUCUCCAUUCGUCUACUUAUAAUGAAUCCCAUCCGGGCAUGAAAAAAAUGCUUUCUCCGUAUGAAAAAUCGCACGGGACAUCCUUUCAUAACUUGUCCUCCUUGUCCAGUAUCCCUGAAGGUACCCCCCUCGAUAGCACCUCCGAUUCUACUACAGAUGCGUCUACUUCAAAUUUGAGCAAAAGUUCAUCCAGAUUGAUUUCUAAUUUGUCGUCCCAUUCGCUGUCCGAUUUGUCUACUAGUAGUAUGGCCGACCGGCACAGCGAUAGUGCAACGCAGGCGGGGUCCAAUGGGGGACACAAACAAGAUGGGGAUUACUUAUCCGGGUGGAAUAUGCGAAAAGCGGGUGAUGACCACGCUGGAAGCAGCUCUCCUUCGUACCCCUCGAGUAUCGCAUCUUCCUCGUCUGGAAGAACCACAUCAUCCGAACAGAUGGAGUACGCAACGGCGGGUUCAUCUACGGACAGUCUUCACAAAGAAGUGAAAGAUGAACCAUUCGGAGAUAAGGCAAGUAGUAAGUUUUCUUAUACGUCGAACGGGUCCAAAAAAGGCACAGUGAGCAGCAGUUUAGGCAGCCUUGCAGAGGGGGAAAAUCCAUACGAUUCGAGAAGCGACUUAAGUUGGGAAGGAAUGGACAAAUUUUCCACCCUUAACAUAUCCAACUUUCGAAGCGAAAAAAAUAAUGACACCACAAAUGAACAGGAAAAUUACGAGAGAAACAACAAGGAAAUAACAAGCAGCGCAUGGUACCUCAGGACCAUGUGCAGGAAGAAAAAAAUCAUGGAAAAAGAAAAAUUAAAAAGUGUGAAGGAAUUAAAAAACGACUUGCUACGAACAAAGUACAGUGUUUUUAACAAAAAUGUAUUAUUCCUAAAUGAAGCAAAUUUGAAAAAUAUAUUCGAAUCUACCUUCUUCGAUUCGAUUCAAAUGAAGAAUGCUAUUAUUAGGAUAAUGUCCUCCUACGAGAUAGAUAAUCUGCAAAACAUUCUAAACGUCAAUAUGAGCGAUUUAAAUAACCACUUUUUCCAUUUGCGUAAUAUUUUUCUAAAUAAAAAAAAAAUAUUAUCCUUCUUCAAUUUGAAGACUAGCCAAAAUGUGCUUAGCAAAAUUGAGACGAAGUUUUAUUCUGUGUUCACCACGGUAUGGUUCCAUUAUACAAAUUAUUUGUGGAAAGUUCUGGACAUUUUUGGAGUUUUUGAACUGCGUCUCCUCUCAAGCAUGUAUCAUUCGCUAGUUAUGACCAACAAAGAUGAGAACCAUCUGAAUCUGUUAAAUUAUUUUGGGUUCACAGAUGUAUUCAUGAUUUAUUUGCUACUAAUACGUUUGAGGCGGAAUGUGUACUACAUUAACCAGAAUAAGGCUUUCGAUGUUCACAACGCGUCUUCACUAAAAAUGGAUCCCCUAUACAUUGCUCGAGGGAACAAUGGAUACUUCCACGUCUUCAGGCAUAACUGCGGGGUCAAAAUUUUGAGCAGCAACUUGGAUAACAAGAAUCAAAUUAACGCGGGGUUCGGCCUCCAUUUUUACGCGAUUAAGAGUAUUGACAAAUCCAUCUUCAGCGCCAACCACUGGACCGAAUCCGACUUCGAGGGAGAGACGAAACUUUCGCUAGCCAAGAAAAGCAUCUCCUCCCUCCUCGAAUCAAUCGAUCACGGAAGCAUAUACUACAAUAUAAACGACAACAAGGAUACGGAGAAAUAUUCCUUUCUCAGCAUCUACAGGAAUGAAAACGCCAGCAACAUUAACGACUUGCCGGCUCUCAUUACAGCAAUCAUAUGUGGACAGUUAUAUGAUAUAAGCUUAGUGAAGGAAUGUAUAAGGAAGGACGAAGUUUUCUUCUCCUUCACAAAUAAAAUAAACUCCAUCGUUUACAACUUUUACAACAACAGCACCAGUUUUAAGAAUAUCACCUUCAUAUCGUCGAGGCAGUCCUACGAGAAUGUAUUUAGUGAUUUUUAUAAUAACGAAAAGAUACUCCUCGGGGCGCUGCUCCUCUACCUGGAGGGAAUGAAGCGGGACGUGGCCCGACUAUCGAACGAGAACGAAAUAAGGUACCACUUUUCAUUCGUGUACAACCUUAUCAAGAUGCACAUCCUGAAGAAAAGCGUGUCUACCUACAAGACGCAAUCCCAGCUAUACGCCCUGGAGGAAAUCAUGUUUAAAUAUAAGCUCUACAGCGAGAAGAUAGCCAAUGCCCUUACUCUGCUGAACGAUCUGAACAGGGGAAACCAACAAUUCAUCGAGCUGCUGGACACGAUGUCCCUAAUCUUCUACCGCAUGAAGGUGGAGGACCUAGGCCACGCCAUAGGCCAAGGUGUCCCAGAAGUACACACAGAAAUACUUAUCCUCGACCUAAUGGAUGUAAUAAACAUAGUAGCCUUUUUUCAUAAGGUGAUUAACAAAAUGGAGACAGUAAGCGAACUGGAAGAGCUAAUAGACAAGGAGAAGGUGAUCAAACUUCACAUCGAGGAAAUCAUAGACGUGGUGAAAAAAAUAUUUGAAAGUUACGAAAACUACUACUACGACAUCAUAGGGGACGAUAUGAGAAACACCAUUAAAGAGACGCUGUUAAAAAAGAUGAAAAAUUUAUUCAUAAAUUAUAAAAGGUUUAUUAAUGAAGAGAGUAAAAAAUUGUCGUCGAAAUUUAUAAAAAAUUUAAAAAAAAAAAAAUCCUUUUUUCUUUUUGAGGGACCAGUUACGUACAACUUCCCUAUAGAUAUAUCCUACGGUAAGAUAAAGAAUUUUGAGCAGAUAUUUUUUCUUGACUUGAUAGAAUACUCCUACUCUGACUAUACCAGUUCUCACCUGAGGUAUGCGCAAGAGGAGGAGGACGAGGAAAAUAACAGCAUGUCUAAAUUGAUUGAACGGGUGAAGAAGAUAAGCUUGCUGUAUCACGCGUUCGACAUUCCGAAGGAAUACAAUGAAAAGCUGUUCAACUACAUUUUCGAGUUUUCUCAAGAAGAAUCCGUCAAUAAGUCCUUUGUUCAGCGGAGCAAGCUAUGGGGGCGAAACGUACCCGAGGAAAGCUACGCGAAGUUAUGCAUCGUGAACCUGCAGAGGCUGCUGAGGUACUACUUCGAAAGCAGCCGCAUACACAAGCUGGUCGACUUCAUGCUGAAAUACAACGAAAUAAAAAUCGGAAUCAAGAAGCCAGUGAAGGACGGAAGGGGAAGCACCAAUCUGUACCUGUGCAUAAGAGACCAAUGGUUCUACAAGCACAGUUUCCAGAACAUGAAGUCGUACCUAUCAAACAUUAAAAUAAAAUUUAAAUUUAACGUAGAGGAUAUAAAAAUGUGUGCUAGAGAGAAUAAUGGCUACCCACACCUGAACACUCUAACACAUGCUAUGAUAAAUAUACUGGCAUACGAGCUACACAACAUUUUUAGUAAGACGGAAAAGUUCGAUUCUAUGUUUUCUCUGAUGGACGUGAAGAAUAGCGAUAUUUCUAGUAAACUGAUAUUUCAAAUUAACAACGUCCUGAAUAUGAAACAGAAGAUUUGCAUUUUCUAUUAUUCCAAGAAUACCUUACUGCACCUUACGGAAAUUUUGAGUCAGCACUUUAAGGAGAGAAUCAUCUACAUGUCUGAUAACAUGAAGGGAGGGUACGACGUGUACUCCUUUAACCCUGCUCGGAAGGAAGGCGGCAAUAAAAUCAUCAUCCUGAAAGAAGGGCACACGUUUAAGGUGUACAACCACAGCAGCACUCUCUUCAGCUACGAAAUGCACCAUUUGAGGGACACAUGUAGGUGGAGGAGCGUCUACCCGACGUUCCACAUAUACUACGAAGAGCUGGUGAAGGUGAAGAACUACCUGGAGGCGCUGGAGAGCGAAUACACAGAGAGUCCGACCACAUCAGCGGAGGACAUCCAUACGGCCAUCCGGGCGCACAACACGGAAAAGAACUACACGAACAUACAGCAGAUGAUUCUGACCCUGAUAGAACGAAAAGACGUAGGAAACAGGAAGAAGAUGAUUCUGAGAAAUUUAAUCGACCUAGAUAUCGUCAAGCAAAGAAGCAAGAGGGUGAAGAAUAAUUACCUGCACCUGCUGUACCUGGAGGUAUUCUCUCUCUUCGGGUUUGGCCCCUACAGCGAUUUAGACAACUUAUUGAAGGAUCUUUUUCUUUGCGAUAAGGGGCUCCUACAAUGGUUUAAAUUAUCCCUCUCCGAGUACAACACUUUUGGGAACAAAAUAGAAGAGUUCAAAAUUGACGAGAAGGUGAAAGAUCAAAUACUGGAAGAGAUAGAACAGUACAAAUUUUCCAUUCCAUCGGAUAAUAUGAAGCCUUACUACUUCAUUUCGCUGAUUGGGUUGGGUUACUCAUACAUACAGAAGUUUUAUGAGUUGAAAUUGGGUCUGCACUCCUCAGUCUCCUCCAGCAGUGUUAUCACGCUGAGGAAGCUGUUCAACUUAUUCUACGUGAACGAACUUACAGAGGUGAUUAAUUUGAUCAUUCAGGUGAUCAUGAAUGUAUACAAGAAUUUUUUUUACAAGAAGAAUGAUUUUUUCAAGGGUGCAGAUAUAAACUUAAGUAAGGAGAAGAAGAAACAGUUUGGGGAAAUUAUUCUAUCAAAGGAGAGCGUCAACAUUGAUCCGUUGGAUACGACAAAAGACCAAUCGAGUAACGACAACACAGGAAAAUUGGAUGACAGUACGAAAUCCUUCACCGUUCAUGAAUAUUACCUAAAUUAUGUGAUAAAAAAUGCGUACGAUUUUUUUUAUACCGUGUUUAACUGCUCGGAUGAUAAGCCUUGCUUCUUCGAAAAGGACGAAUCUGCUGAAGAAACGGUGAAGAAGUACCUUAAGGAAAAUUCCUUUAACCAAAAUAUGAUUUGGCUCAUACCAAUUCUUUCGAACCAUUUUAGGAGCUCCAUAAGUAUCCUCUACAUGGAUGACAAAGACAUUCGUUUGUACAAAUACCAGGACGAUAGCGCCAUGAAGUUUAGCAUCCAAAUUUUGGUGCAAGACGGGGAGAUGUUCCUCGUCCUACCCACCUACUUUAUACACAUGAACAUUCUAAGCAUAAUAACAAACACCUUGAUAAAGAACGAAAAUGAUGCCGCACAUAAUGAACGGUCCCUCUCACCCUUAUACGCCAGCGUAUCAGGGUGUGUGUUCGUCAUGGAUGAAUCCAUCAAAAGUACGACAAACUCGGACAAUUAUUAUAAAACUUAUUUUGAAAUUAUCGAAGAAAAGAUAAACCUUUUUUUGCAAAAGAAGAUGCACAUAUAUAGCUUGCUCGUAUCCAUAAGGGAAGACAUCCUAAACUUUAAAUACUUCAUAUACUAUGAAAAUUUUGUGAAGUUUUUGAAGCUGAUGGAUUAUUUUAUAUCCGUGCUGAAUUCCAAACUGCAGCUCAACGUGGACUUCACCUUCGAGGAUAUUUUCAAUUCGCCGAACACUCUAGUCAAGCACUCCAUUAACAAUAUUAUAAACUUCAUUGUGAAGGAUAAUUACAACAUUUUCGGGACCGAAAUUAAGAAAUUUUACACGAAUAUAUUUAAAAUUCAUGUUCAUAAGAAGUACCAAUCUAGUGCAUUCCUUCGGCUGCUAGACUUCCUCCUCAGCAGCAUAAAGGAAGAAAUAGACACCCAGAACAAGCAGAUAGAAAUGUCCUACAAUUUUCUUGAAAAUAUGCGCAAAAGGAACUACGUGCAGAAUUUGAAAAGUCUAGAAUCGCUAAUCAUAUGCGAACAGGUGAAGAUCAUUUCCAACAUAAUAAAGUACAUCGAGAUAAACCUCGACAAUAUCAUAAACCACAUUGUCUACAAAUCGGAGAAGCUUACCGUGGAGAACGAAAUGAUCAACAAAGUGCAGAUCAUUCACGACUGCUGCUUAAAGUACGACUUUAACGAAUUGGGGGCGACGGAAUUAACCAAGAAAUACUUCAAAGAGUUGGAAAAAAAAAAUAUUAAAAUUUCAAAUUAUAGCAAGAUUUUACGCAGGCUAUCCGAUGAGGAGUUAGACUACGAAGAGUGGUAUUCCAUUGCAUCGAAAAUUCAGGUGGACUAUUUUAAGAAGAACGAAUUGGUGUACUUUAAAAUUUUGAAGGAAUCCCCCUUUUGGAAACACGGGGCGAAAUACUUCACCGAGGAAAUUGUGCAGAAGAAACUGAAGGAACAUAAGUUGUAUAUCGAGGAGAAGGACAUAAAGUCGCUCAGCAAUAACAAGCUAACCUACAGCGAAUACAAGGACCUCCUAUAUGACGUAAAGAUAAUUAGUAUGACGGAAAAAGACUUAGAUGCCAUGGUGGUGAACAGAGAGCAAUACGCUAUAUCCAUCGUGUGGAAGUUUUUCAACACAGAAAUUUGCGUUAACGGGAAUGACAUCCCUUUUGAGGAUAUCUACUCCAAGCUGAAAAAUUACAGAAAGGAUUUGAACUACCUAUCCCUGCUAAAGAAGGAAGACGUGUACAACCUGUUCAACGCUAUUGUUAUAUUCCAUCGGUUGGUAGAAUCAAUCGAUGAGAAAACAUUUAACAAGUACAAAAGCUACAGAAUUACAAACAUUCUUUUUUACGAACUAAUGACCAGGGGGGUAUAUAUAUCUGGAGAUUCCCUCAUAACUAAAGAAUACAUAGAAUCUAUAUUCAACUACGAUAUGUGGAAGAGGGACAUUAAGCAUGUAAAAGUUAGUAACAUUUUGAUAAGAUCCCUGGUUCCGACAAAGUAUAUUAAUUAUUAUUCUACUGCACCCAUUUUUAAGAUCCUUCGAUUUUUUGUAAAUUCCAAGCUGAACGUACGCCUGGUUAAUGUGCUUUCCUACGUAAUAUACAACAUACUAAAAUUGGGGAACAUGAAAGAAGGCAUCUUUAAGAUAAUUAUGACUGAGGGACUUCUACUAGGUAGCUUGGACGUGAUCAAGCUUAUCUUAAUAAAACUUAAUAUAUCCCUAGAUGGACUAACAACCGCCGUCACGGCGGUGCUCACAAAUCUGCAUUUCGUGCUUGAGUGUGGCCUCGUGCAAGACAUCAUAGAAAGCAUAGACUACCGCAGGAUGUUCUCCAAUCUGUUCUUCCUGCUGCACAACUUAGUAGAGGAAUUCUACUUCAAGGCCAUAUUGGACUUCCUUCUCGAAUAUCCAUUCAUAGUAGAUUUUAUAAAAAAGAAUGAAGAGAAAAUUAAAGAAAUUCUGAUAAAUUUUAAAAGAUUCUUCCUCCUAAACUUUGGCACAUAUGUUAAUUUUUUUCAGCACCUGUACGACAGUAUUGAAACGAAAUUCCUCACAUACAUUAAGUAUUACGCCACGAAAAUUUUAAACAACUUUUUACCUUUCUCAUCAGACUUGAUUGAGAAAAUUACGCAAAUCGAGAUGCAGAGGAUAAGUCUGCUGGAGUUUAUUUCGUUUAGAGAUGAAGAGACUAUCAUCCCAAUUUACCAAAAUGUUAUAGCUCUCCUGCAGGAUGAGGAUUUUAUGAUAGACCUUAGAAUUUCCACCAUCAAUAAACAUAAAGAAUAUUUCUCCAGCGGGAAAAAUGUCAAAAUUUCAGAGGCGGAUCUCCUAGACACCUUAUAUAAUAAGUACCAACGGUUGUAUCCCUCAAAUGGUGCUUCUCACCCACGGUUGAAUAAACCGAGAAAAGCGACCACUUCGAAGGCUCCUUCUAAGGGGAAAAGUCAGUCCUUUCUUCAGAAAAAGACUUUAAAUUUGAAGAAGAAUAAUAUAAGACUACUCAAAGGGGGGAAAAACGACAUUGGCAAUGUUCGUUCCCCCUUCGGAAAUCACCUCCCCGGGAAAAACACACCCACUGGGGAUGGAUUCACGUCGAAGCGAGAUGCUAAACACGUAGUUAAUUUCUCCCCAUGGGAUAACCCCCUCUUGGGGAAACCCUCCAAUGGUCGGCUUAGCCACAUUUUCAGCAACAAAAAAUGGGCUAGAAGUGCCAAGUCGGAGAAGGGGGAGCAGAAUAAGACAGGUGAAUCUGAACAAACCGAACGGAAGAAGGAGGAACAGAAGAAACAAAAAAAGAUCAACGAUUCGAAUAAACCAAAGGAAUCAUUCACAAACCUAAACACUGAUCAGAAGCAAAGCAUCUCCGAAGCGUCCUUCUUGGAAAACAAAAACAGCAGCACGGUAAAAAGUUACUACCUUAUCGAAUCGAAUAGGUACAGAACGCUGAGCUGCUUGGAGAAAAUGUUCCUCUAUUCGUUUGACAGUAAUUCCAAUGUUGGAGAAAAUAAAACCAAAAUAUGCAGCUCACUGUAUAGCCAGAACUGGACACAAAAGGUGCGAAAAGUCUCCAUGAAGAAGCUAAGUGAGAAGGGUGUAUACACUUAUGGGUAUACACACGACCUGAUAUUAACGACAAAGGUGAGGGGUGAAAAAUGCGAGGUGCAGUUCAAGCUGAAUAUUGGACAUGAUAAUAAGCAAAUCCUAAAAAACCAGAAAUAUAAAAACGCAAUUGUGGAUUUCAACAUUUUUAGAGAGAACAACGAAUUAUGCUUCCUAAUUGUUAAUAGCAAAAAGAGUAGGGAAAAAAACGUGUUUGUAUGUUACCAUGCUGAAUUGGUCCCGUUUUAUCGAACCUACGAUGUUUCGAAUUAUCUGAACAAAGUCUUCUCCGACGUUGAUUCGGACAGUACGAGCAAAAUGAUCGAAGAAAAUGAAGAGGCCAAUGAGAAGGACAGGACAAACGUGAAUGAAAUGUACAAAUAUCCAUUCAACAUCUUCGCGAGUGAUGAAAUUGGAGAGACAAAUCAGGGACGUGAGGACAUUGAACGAAAGGGAGUCGACUUGGAACAAUCCUCACAUGUAGACGGAUUCAGGGGAAGUAAGAACACCACCGAUAGAAGUACUAAAGGCAGAAAAGAGGACACCAAUGUAGGAGAUUCCACCCCGUUUAGGAAUGACCAAAUGUCGGUCAAAAUCAACACAAGUGGCAGAAAAAAUGGUGCAUUAACUAACACAUUCAACGAAACCUUUAAAAAUAUUAGAACAGGAAUUAACAAAAUGAAGGAUAAAGUGAAGAAAAGACGAAAAGGGGAAGAAGAAAAAGACGAUUCGAAUGACAACAUAGGGAAAAUUAAAGAUGCACUGAAAUACUUAACAGAGAAGAAAAUAAUAAAUCAGCUUCUCGAAUUUGAAUAUUUUCACUCAAUCAGGUGGACCUCCAACAUUUUUAGCGUCACCAUAGAUAACAUGAAGGGGAACAAUGAAAAUAUCAUGUUGGUUCUGGAGCUUGGAGACUAUAACCUAAAGACCUACUACGAGGUAGACAUAAAUUACGUUGCCAAUGUGCAGGCCUUGCAGAAGCUAGAUUAUUUCAUCAAGAAAAGUAACGUCACGGAUAUGAUAGCACAGAGGCUGAAGAAGUAUACCAAGCUCAACUUCAUUCUGAAGCAUAUUUUUAGGUUCACCCAUGAGAUUAAGAAUGUGUCGUAUAUCAAGUCGAGUAUCACUGCAGAGGGGGGGGUAAAUCCCACAAAGGGUCCCCAGUCAGGCAAGGAAAAUUACCAAAAUGGAAGCCUCACUUCAGAUAAGCGUCUCAAAGGGGACGAAACCGACGAUGAUGACGACGAUAUACUAGACGAAGUGGAGGAGAAACAUGUUCACGGAAACGACUCAGAGCAGCCAUUCCAGGAGUACAUAAAAUUCACGUGGUAUAAAGAACACAACAAGGACAGAGUAGAAGCCAUCCUAGCGGUGAAGGCAAUCAACCCACUGAAAAUGAAAAACCAUAACAGCGAAAUUUUAUGUGAAACAAAUGUGGACAUAAGAAAUGUAUUUAAGGUGUUUAGACCACGGGAAUGGAGUGAAGGAAACGAACGGGAGGGAAUCGAAAUAAAUGAGGAUGGAACGGAACGAUCGAUGAACCAAUCGAAGGGGAAGCCAACUUCAGAAACAACCGUGGAGAAUUUCACAUCCGAUUUGAUUUCCAAAACGGAUGUAGAACAAAGCGUGAGAAACAGCACGAAGAAGAAAUUCUUCUCCGAUUAUGCUACAUAUUUUAGUAAGAUCUACCCCCUGACGGAAGAAGAAAAUUACUUCAUAAGAACCAGGAUGGAGAAAAACUGCGCUCUACUCAAGUACAGACUUAUCCUCCUAUCCGUCAUCAUAAUAAAGAGCAAUAAUUUGAGCAACCUCAAAAAGAUGAGUAACCUCAGCAACGAAUAUUUGAGAGACAACUACAAGGUGUACAAAAAUAUUGAGUUUCAUCAAAAUAAAUUGUUUAGAAAAAAAUACAUCUACAUAGACAACAAGCACUACAUAAUUAAAAAAAAAUUGGAGUGCCUCCUAGGGUUGGAUUUUUACAAAAGCUUAAAGACUUCCCUAGAGAAGAAAAACAUAUUGCAAACAUUUCUCGAAGACCUAACCGUGGAGAUAUCCAACAUUAACAGGUUCUUCUACAAGUACCACUACAAUGAUAAUUCGAACAUACACUCAUCUAGCUUCUAUCUGGAUAAGCUGAAACAUAUUAAGUCAUUAUGUCCCCUCAUAUACGAUUUGAUGAACAAGGAAAAGAUUGACAUAACGGAUACGUCCAAGGUGGAUACAUCUAUCAAGCUGCCAAACACGAGGGAAGUAGAAAAUGAAAUAGAGCAGUGCGAAAAGAGAGUCGGCUUCUACGGAAGUAACAUCCUAUCCUUUGGGAAAGAGUUAGACGACUCGAUAGGUAAAAAAAGAAUUGAAAAUAUAGCUAUGUUUUCCUACGAAUGUGAAAAGUCCAUUUUUAAUGAAAAGAAUUUAAGUGAACUGGAUGAAUAUCACAAAAAUUUUUGUAUUAACGUGUUUGAAAAUGAGUUGGAAGAACGGGACGAACAAUUUAGACCCAACACGGAAUGGAUCGAUAUGCUCUAUAAUACCUUCUCCUCCAAAAAGAAUCAUAACUAUACUGGAAAUAACUACUCAGAAAUUAGAUGCUUUGGAUUUGCCGACAGGGAUGAAUUGAAAGAAUAUCAGAAGAAGAAAGAAGCCAAGUGUAAGGUUACCAUCCUUAAUAGGACCCUCAAUGUGCUUCAACAAUUUAUGGACAAAUAUUACAGAAUAAAGAAGGACGGAAUAAAUAACGGAAACGCAUACAAUGUUUAUGCCCUGUUUAAGAAUAUUUAUACAGUGAUGAUAUACAAACUGAUGUACGAAAGUAGGCCAUUCAAACCUCUGCGUAUUCAACAGAAACUGAACCUAGUCGGAAAUAAAUACACCAAGUUGUUAUAUAAAAAGGAGAACUACUCAAAGUUCAUGAAGCACAUGUUGGAUAAGACCAGCACUUUGUACCUUGAAAUUGAGUUGCUCUACAAUGAGCAUGUCUUCCUUAGGAACAUCUCCUUCCCGAUGGAAUCCGUCGACAUUCUCAUGUUUAACCACAGACCAUUUAGUGAUGAUACCUACGGGUAUAGACUGUUAGCCAACCCGAAUGAAAGUAUAAACGAAGGGGAAGAAAACACCAAAGUAUACUCCUUUUUUGUUCUAAUUCUGCUAGGUUACUACCCAGAGAUUCAGAAGUCGCUCCUAGAAGUGGCAGAAAAUGCAGACCUGAUUUAUAAACUGCUAGACAUUAAUGUGGAGGAGAUCAAGAAAAUUAUCCAGGCCAAUGAAAAUGGGGACGAUCAGGAUAGUGGAAGGGACGGAUCAUCGUCCUCCUCUUGGGGAUCAACAACUCUUCAAAAUGGAACCUCAUCCAUUUUAGACUACAUGGAUAGGAGUCAGUACGGAAUUGCUGAAAAACUUGCCAACCCCCUUGGAACUUUAUACAAUUUUAUUUUUAGCAAAACGGAGGAUGGAAACUCUGGGGGGAGUAGUACUACCUCUCCUUCAUCUACGGUCGACAGUCCAUGGAGUUCUCCUUGGUUUUCUAUGGAGUAUCCAUCGGUGUCCCCAAGUGGGGUGUCUACCUCUACAUCGAACGAGGCGCCUUCCAGCAACGCAUCGACCAGCUCAACGAACAGUGCAUCCCCCCCCGAGUACGAAAUUAAUGACUUCACAUGGAUGGAGAAGGAACAAAUAGACAGCGUCAAGAGGCUGAUCGUGCAGCACGAACUUGUGGACUACUUCAUAAAAGGGAUCAAAUUGAUGAACCUGAAUAGCUACCUAAGAAGUGAUAACUAUUUAGAUGCAUUUAAGAAGGCUCUCACUGAUGAACUGAAGAAGAAAAAUUUCUAUCACCACUUUAUUAAGACUUCCCCUUUGUUUCACUUUGACUUUUAUAAAGUGCACCACUUGUUGCUCUUCGCCUUUUAUUAUGCCUUCUCGGAUAUCAUAAGGACGAGAAGACAGUACGUCAAUCUGGAGUCCAGUAUAAAUAGAAUCAUUGAUAAUAAUAAGUCUGUCUAUAUGUAUAGAACCCAGACGUAUAAAAAUUUCAAUUUGGAUCCUGAAAAGAGAGUUAGUCUAAAUAAAGACCAUGAAGAAAUUGCAAAGUUUGUUUACAACAGAGCUAUACAAUACAGAUACAUUAACAGAGAGAACCCUGAACACGUUCUCUUCAAAUUUAGAGAAGACCAAAUAGACGAACUAAUGAUAAUUUUAAAUAAUAAAAAAAAACAAAUAUAUACUGCCAACGAUUUGGAAGAAAUUACCGCCUUUGUAGAAGUCAUGGUGGAAAAUUAUAUUCACAUUUUAAAUAAUUACCCUUCCAAUUUUAGCAUCAGUAGGCAUUCCUCCUUUUAUAAAAAUUUCAUCAGAAAUGCCAAAGAGUAUUUUUUCUCCUACAAUAAGAAAAAUAAUUUGCUUUAUAUUAUCAACCAGAGGGAUGUUAACUACAAUAUACAGACUAUUAAACAUUUAAAUGAAAAAUCCACCGUCAUUAAUUUGAUAAAGUCUGUUUUAGAAUUUGUUUUCUUGGCUUCCACCAGGUCGUACACGGUGGAUAGAGCCAUUAAGGAGAUCAUAAGUAUUAAUGAGCAAACAACUUUGAAAAAGGGGCCCCAUCUGAAGCAUUUUAAAAAGGUGAACAUUCUUCCAGGAAAGUCUCAGCGCUAUGCCUUCUUGCAAAGCACCAAUGGGUCCACAAAAUCAGAUAAGAGAAAAUUCCAUGGGGAAAAUCCUAACGUGGUGAAAAUGAAUAGCCAUACUGAAGGGGAAAACACAGUGAUAAUUCCGAUCAAUUCGCUGAAAAGACGCAACAAACGCAGUGGCUGCUGUCGAUGCUGUAAGAAAAAAUGCCUCACCAUACACAAAAGGAAUAACCCCAAUAUGCGCAUGAACAAUUACCCCAUGGUUUCAGAAGUCAAGGAAAAACCAGGCAGGUGCACACCGCCUUGUGAUUUUAGGGAAGCUCCUACAAAGGUUACCAUUGUAAAUGCAAAGAAGAAGGGAACACCUAGGAAGAGGCCACCUUCGAAUAAUUCACCAUAUACAUUUUGUGACAAAAAGGGGAGGAAAAUUAUUUACAUGGGUGAUGAGGAGGAUGUAGAGAGGAGGCCCUUCCAACUGGGUGGCGCAAAAAGGGGAGGCACUCACAAUUACGCUCCGGUUCGCAGUCGCAGGGUUGGCCUGAAAGGAGCAACUUACGAUGAUGAGGUGGACAACGAUGAAAUCGACUACGAUGAAAUGAACUAUGAUGAAGUGGACCAUGAUGAAGUCGACUACGGUGAAAUGUACCAUGAUGAAGUUAACCACUGCGAAACGUACCCUGAUGAGGAGGACAUGACCCAAUCGACAGACACCCUGGCAAUUGCCAGAGCCAUAGAAUACAAUUUCACCGAACAUGAACAUACUAAAAGCUCAGACAGCAGCAUCGUGGAGAGCCUUUUCGGAACCAGAAUGAAUAAUAUGUAUUCAAAGUUAAAAGGAGGAGUGUUUUCCUUCGCUUUUUCCCAUGGUUUCGAUUUCUUUUUACGAAAUAGUCUCUACUUUUACAAGAGAAAUUUAAUUUCCAGGUAUAUAACCCAUUAUGCAAAGACGAACGUAGUGCAGAGUUUGGAUAUGCUCUUCCUAAUAGUGAGGGAUCAUGAGUUGAAGACAUCCAUUACGAAUACAUAUUCAAUCAAGCACAAUCUCUUCGAUAUAUGUCUAUUUAAUUUCCAGAAUUUAUCCAUAUCACUUAAAAAUAUUGUUAACCUGAUCGAUGAAGAGAAAAUAGAGAAAAUACUUUCCUAUGUCAUUGCCGUGAUCCAUAUGAGGUACACAGGAAAUGCUCGCUUCAUAGAAAAUAUGAUUAAGAAUUUAAAUAAUGCCUUGUCGAAGAAUAUUACGUUGAAAAAAUUAUUUGGGAAUUUUAUUUCUUACCUUACCAUUUCGUCCAUACAAACCGUUCAGUUGUAUUUUCACUCCAGAUAUAAAAAGAAGUUGCUAAAGAUGAUUAUAACAAUAAUGAAUAAAAUUUCCGGCACGAUUUCCAACGUUUUUGGGGAACCCUACUUCCAGUCCUACAUGUGCAUGCACCUGAUAAAGUUGGGCGAGUCCUUCAUAAGGGAGUUCAACGCGGAAAACACCGUCUACCGGUUUUUUAUGGAUGUCGGCGAGAUUAACUUUAUAGACAUUAUCAUUUCCUACGCGUAUAAGUACUUCCCCAAGGCGGUUCACGACUUCAUGGGGAGCUAA